CCUUCAGCAUGCCAAGGAGAAGACGGUGCUCGAGGUGAUCAAAAAGGUCGAGGAGAACGACCGGCGGACGCAAUCGAUAGACUUGUCCGGCUCAUCCGUCUUCCGUGAGAAGUCUGUCAAGCUGAGCGCGUCGCUCGCCGAUGCGCUGAGCCGCAACACACGGCUCACAGCGCUCGACCUCUCCAACUGCUCCAUCGGCGACGUCUCUGCGAAGCAGCUGUCGGCGGCGCUCGCAGACAACGCCACACUGUUCGAGCUGAACCUGUCGUACAACAAGCUCGGGCGGCAAGGCCUCAUGGACAUCGCAAAGGCCCUCUCCACCAACGUCGGCCUCAAGUCCGUCUCGCUGGCGUCGCACCGGGUCGACUCGUCUGUGGCGCACGCCUACGUGCAGAUGUUCUACACGAACGUCACCCUCCUCACGCUGACGUGGGACGUUAACCUGCCCGCCUUCAACCUGAAGCUCACCGAGAUGAUCAACCGGAACAACGAGAUCAACCGGCUGCUGCUCGAGGGGAAGGACUACCGCCCCAAGCUGCCGCUCGAGAUGAAGGACGACCCGCCCGAGCUCGUCGAGCGCCUCGUGCCCGAGAUGGGCGACGAGGAGUUUGGCAUGGAGCUGGGCGGCGCAGGCACGACGCUGUGGUGCUCCGUCUCCGGCCGGUGGGAGCUCGGCACGCUCAAGGGGUCGCAGAAGAAGGGGAUGGCGGCGGCCAAGCUGGUGGUGGAGGUG